UCAUUUUCUGUGAAUUGAUACGAUCAAUUGCCAAUUAGGGUUUUCAAUUUGGGGGAAAUUAGGGUUUCUUGUUUCUAAAAUGUUUGGGAAGAAUAAUCAUUCCUACAUGUUCCCGCCGGAAUCCGGCGCCGGCGAUAUAAACGGCGGCGGCGGUUUGUCGAUUCACCACGAGUUUCUCGCCAGGCAUUACUUGGCGGCUGCCGCCGCCGCCGCCUCCGGCGGCGGCGGCCCUCCUCCGGUUUCGUUGUUUGAUCAUCAUAACAAUAAUCUGAGCAGAGGCGGAGAUCCGGCGGCGGCGGCGAUGGGGAUGGCGGCGAGUCCGAGGAAGAACGCGGCGGCGAAACGCGACCGGCACAGCAAAAUUUACACUUCCCAGGGGCCGCGCGACCGCCGCGUGCGGCUGUCGAUCGGCAUCGCCAGAAAAUUCUUCGACCUUCAGGAGCUCCUCGGAUUCGACAAGCCGAGCAAAACCCUCGAUUGGCUGCUGACGAAAUCGAAGGCCGCCAUUAAAGACCUGAUGCAGCAGACCAAGCAAAACGCCGCCUCCGCCGAGAACUCCCCCACCCCUUCUGACGGCGAGGUCGAUUCUCCGGCAAGCCCCGAAAACGCCGAUCCGGUCGACAAUUCCUUCUCCGGCAAGGGCAAAUCCGUCAAAGACCCUCACCAGAUCGCGGCAAAGGAAUCGAGAGUCAAGGCCAGAGCACGUGCGAGGGAAAGAACACUUGAGAAAAUGUGCAUCAAGCAGAUGAACAACGUCAAUGGCGGCUACGAGUCAUCAUCAAACCCUGGAAUAAUCCCAAUCCACUACAUGAACAAUCAGCUGAACGAUUUCUGCAGAAUCUCCGGCGGCUCGCCGUCGUCGUCGUCGACGUCGACCAAGAACAACACUCCUCCAUCGUCGUCAUCAAUUUGGGGAUUUCAGCAAAACCUAACGACCUCAACAAGAGAUUCAUCGAUUCCAAUUUCCAAUCUCCCACUCGACAAUUGGGAUUUCCAUUCCUCCAAUUUAUACGCACUUCUGGAUCAGCACAAAUUCAUCAAUAGCAGCACUUCGAACAACUGAAAGCAAACAAAAAACAAAAAAUCAUAAAAAAAAAAAAAAAAGAAAGAAUUGUUGUGUCGGAAUUGUUGGGAAUCAAUGAUUUAAUUGCCAUUUCUAUCAAAGUGUUGGUGGAAAUUGUUGAGAAAUUUUAGUAGUUAUGGUUAUGGUUAAUUUGUGAGGUCAAUAACCAAU